AUGAACGGCCAGUGGUUGGGAAGUAGGGCCAUUCGUACGAACUGGGCCACCCGCAAAGUGUCGGCCAAUCGAAACCAAAACGACGAUGAACUCAUUCAUAAGACAUUUAUAUCCUUUGGUGCUAUACAAGAAAUACGAGUCUUCAAAGAUAAAGGUUAUGCAUUUAUCAGAUUUGCCACUAAAGAAGCAGCAACACAUGCCAUUGUCGGAACUCAUAAUUCGGAAAUAAAUGGUCAAAUUGUCAAGUGUUCCUGGGGGAAGGAAUCCUCAGAUCCAACCAAUCAGCAACAGGCUCAGCACAGCUUCUUAGUUGAUACACCAUUUGCUGAAAGUAGUACUGACUCUCCUAUCAACUUAGUCAGUUUCCCUGAGUCAUCCUAUUUUAGUGUCUCAAUGAUGGGUGUUCAGAUGGCAUCGUGGCAAGGAAUCCCGGGACAGCCACAAAUGGCUGCUGCAGCUGCGGCUCAGAGCCCAAUUGGACAACAACCUGGAGUGAUAGGUGCCUAUCCUUUGCAGCAGUACCAGGCGCAGCUGCAUUUAGGUGGUGUAGAAUAG